AGUAGGGGCCUGACUAUUUCAAACAUAAACAUGGCGACGAAUUUGCAAAAUGUGCAGGAGAGAUCGCGGCCUGCCAGAAAUUGUGCAAAUAAGAUCGAUCGCUCUGCUGUUUUGAAGAAACAGGAGGUCAAGGAAAAGGAGAGGAGGGUCAAGGAGGUUCUUUCCAAGCCAGUCAAGUUGAGGAGCAAAGAUGACAAGAAACUACUGAGGGAAUGCAAGGAUGUCGUCAAGGAGCUGGAACGACGAGCAAGACUCAAGGAGUUGGUGAAGAAGAAGACGAUAGAGGUUGAAGACAGCAGUGAUGUUCUUGAAGCUAAGGUUGAUGAGUUGGUAUCGGCCAUCAAUAAGUCCAAGCAUCUAGUGGUGUACACUGGAGCUGGAAUCAGUACGGCUGCUUCCAUACCGGAUUACAGGGGACCAAGCGGUGUGUGGACGCUGCUACAGAAGGGGCAAGAAGUCAGGACUAAGUCCCUUGUUGAUGCUGAUCCAACCCUGACACACAUGGCAAUCACAGAGCUGCAACGACAAGGCGUGGUCCAGCAUGUUGUUUCUCAGAAUUGUGAUGGUUUGCAUUUGAGAAGUGGCAUGCCGCUGAGGGCGUUGUCCGAGGUCCAUGGAAACAUGUUCAUCGAGGUUUGUACAGACUGCAACCCAGAAGCCCAAUACGUGCGUCUCUUUGAUGUAACAGAGAGAACGGCCUGCAGAAGGCAUAACACCGGUCGCCGAUGCCAUACCUGCGGGGGACCACUCAGGGAUUCCAUUGUUCACUUUGGUGAGAAGGGAGCAGUUGAACGACCAUUGAAUUGGCCAGGUGCCGUCUCGGCAGCCAGUGAGGCAGACAUGAUACUGUGUCUGGGUUCUACACUUAAGGUUCUGAAGCGGUAUACUUGUCUGUGGGGGACAAACCGAGCAAAAGCCAAGCAACCCAAGCUGUACAUCGUCAACCUUCAGUGGACACCAAAAGAUAAGAUGGCAGUGCUGAAAAUCCACGGCAGAUGUGACAGUGUGAUGGAAAAAGUCAUGUCCAAGCUGGAACUGAAGAUACCAGAAUACAAAAGGUCACAUGAUCCAAUUUUCUCCAUGGCAACUCCACUACGGAAGGAGGAACUAAGCACAUUCAGCACCAAAUUGUUACAAACUCCGAUUCCAGAAUCAGUCAAGCAGGAACUAGCUCCAGCCGGUUCAGACCGGGUGGAACCAGACCCGACCGGUUCAGACCAGGAUGUCAAAGGGAGUACCGGGGAUUCACAGGUUGCCGUACAACCAUCUGAUAUGGGAACCGUUAAGAGAGAACUAGCCGCAGAUGUGGACAAUGCGGGUGGAGGGCAGAUAGGGAAGGAUUUGUCAGCUCCUUGUGACGGGGACCAGCCAACAUCAGUGGUAACCAAACCAGGCUGGUUUGGUAAAGGUUAUCACAGGAAAAUAACGAGAAGUCGGAAACGUAGGAAAUUCUCACAAGAGUCUGUGUGAUACUUGCUAGGUAGGAUCUGUGGGCACCUCUUGAACUUCCUCAUCCCAUUUUGGUGUCUUCCUGUGAACUCGAGUUCAACUUGACGUAUUGUCGUAUAACGUGGAACUGCCAAAAGAAGCCUUUGGAAUAUUUAGGCUACAAACCGUGUGUCAUUGCAAUAACUCGAGUUAGACUGUAUGACAAGAAACAUGCUUGCAAGUAGAAGUUCAAUUUGGAGCUUUAGGUCAAAGGUCAAGGGCAAUAUGCCUAACCCUUACAAACUGUUUCAUCAAUAGUUUACAAUUGACAGGGUAAAGUGUCAUCAAAUGUGGGCAGUAGCCUUUUUUAGUGGAAUCAAAGAGGUAAGGAAAUUUGAGGCCACAGUUUAAUAUUUAUUUUAUCUAGACUAAACUAUGUUGAUUGAAAUUAUUGUUACUUUUUCAAGUAGUUUGUUACUUUUAUAAGGAUUUUUACUUGAUCAAGUAAAACGUCACUUAACCUAUGUUUUAAAUCUUACACAUUCUUAAUGGGGUUUGAAGAAUAGACUUUUUAUUAAAGACAACAUAUUACGAGGAGA